AAUGACUGAGUGAUGUAGCAGAUACCCUGAAGCUCUCAGAGUCUCAGCUGCACACGGGCACACGCAGACGGACCUACAGAAAAACACUUUGGCACUCGGCUUGAAAUGACGUGUCGUGAGCUCCGCAGCCGGCAGUUUUGGCGUGCGAUAUUUGCAGAGCUGCUCGGCACCCUGGUGUUUGUGAGCACCAUGCUGGGUGCUUCUAUUCCAGGUCCUGGUGAGGUCCCCGGGGGGCCGAUGUACCCAGCCGUGGCAGCGGGUGUCGCAAUUGUUGCGCUGGCUCACUGUUUUGGAGAUAUAAGCGGUGCACAGGUGAACCCUGCGGUCACUCUGUCUCUGCUGGCAACUCGGAGGGUGGAUGCACUCAGGGCCCUUGUUUAUGUAGCGGCGCAGUGCUUGGGGGCCUUUUUAGGUGCUGGGGCCCUCUACCUGGCCCUGCCACUCAAACGCACAGCUGACUACUUUGUCAACAGGGUGCCCAUAGAGCUGAAUGCGGCCCAGGCUCUGGGGAUAGAAGUUUUGUGCACCUUCCAGCUGGUUUUCACCAUAUUCUCAGUGGAGGAGCAGCGUCGGAGGGACAGCGCAGAACCUGGAAACCUGGCUAUUGGACUUGCACACACUACUGGAGUGCUGAUUGGAGCACGCCUCUCUGGUGCGAGUAUGAACCCUGCACGUUCUCUGGGCCCGGCCAUCAUCACUGGAUUCUGGGAAAACCACUGGGUGUACUGGAUCGGACCAGUGCUUGGUGCUGUGUUGGCUGGCAUGUCUCAUGACUUCCUCUUUGUGCGUAGCGCCUCUCGGCAGAAGUUGGUGGCUUGCCUCACCUGUAAGGAUAUUGAAAUUGUGGAGACGGCCAGUAUGACAGGAUCAUCACUAUCCACUGUCACGCAGAAUGCCACAAGGGCCAAACAGGCCAACAAACAAGAGAACAACUAAGGACACAACAAAAGAAAACAUACAUUCUGCAGCAGUCUGUGAGGAGAAUUUGUACAUUUAGAAAAGACCAAUCUGCAAGAAGCAUCAUCAUAAUGUUUAAAAUCACACGUGAAAUUAUACCGGAGCCACUUGGCA